AUGCCCAGGCAAAGAGUGACGCCAGCUGCCAGCGUGGUACACCACGACUCUCUCAGUCAUGAGGGACAGCAGGGAUACGAUGAACAGGUUGACCAGGCAGAGUCGCCUAAUGCAUCAGCGUCCCCAGAUCAGGACUUCCCACGAACGCGCGUCGUUCGAGAGUGCUCAGGAUGCAGUGAUGGCGUAAAACGCACUUGCGGCUGCGGCCGAUGUUACUGCUGUUCCCGCGCUGCCCUUGAUGACUUUAUGCAACAGAGGAUGUCGGCUUGGGAGCCUUUACUCACUCCGAGACGUAUUUUAUUCGUACUUUUUGGAGUGGGUUUGGUCUUUGUUGUUUUGGGGUUCGUUAUCCUCUUAGUGAACAGCGGCAUCGUGGAAUGUAAAGUGAACUACACAGAUAUGGUUGGAGACUUGAUCCUGAAGAUUGACGCUUCGACAUGCACAGAUACUUCUAUUACGGAAAUAACGGGAGAUGUAUUGCUCUACUACGAAUUGUCUAAUUACUUUCAGAAUCAUCGGCACUUCAUGAAGUCACGAUCCGACAAACAGCUGGAAGGAGAGGUUUAUACGGCAGCUUCAGACGUGCGCACUGCGUGCGACCCGCGGGUGGAAUCCUCCGACGGGCGUGUGCUGCAUCCGUGCGGUUUGAGUGCGGGUGCGGUAUUUACGGAUGUUUUUUCGGCGGUGGCGGAGGACCAGCAGACGGAAAUUGAGCUCGACGAGUCAAGAGAAGCGAUUUGCUGGGACUGGGACCUUUCUACAUUCAAAAACCCUUCCGAGGAAGAAAUGAACGCCGCCGCUUCCGAGGUUGAUUUUUGGCUUUUCAACCAAACUUACGCCUCCGCCCUACACAUGGAUAAACCCGGCGUGGGGUGGGGAGUGGAGAAUUCACAUUUUAUUGUCUGGAUGAGAGAGGCCCCUUUGCCCGUAUUCCGGAAGGUUUAUGCGCGGUUCGUGGCGCAACCUCUCAAGCUUCCCUUUUAUCUCAAAGUCACAAACAACACCUACGACGUCAAGUCGUUCGGCGGUUCAAAGAGCGUAGUGGUUACGCAGGCUUCGUGGCUGGGCGGUCAAGAGCAGAGCUGGCAAACAGCCACCGUGUGGGGCGCAGUUGGUUGCCUUGCCUGCUGUGACGGCGGCCUUUCGUUUUGUUGCCGGCGGUUGAUGAGGGCAUAA